UCUCUCUCUCUCUCUCCCCCUGUCCGCUGCGCAUUCUUGAUCAGUCUUGGGUCACUCCCGUACUGGAAAGCAAGAGGUCAACUCUCAGUCUCACUGCGGAUCUGCAGGUUCUGUUGCACCAAAGACCUUCCAGAAAUACCUGCACUCAGGUUCUUUGUGAAGUUUUCAGUUCCCACUGAUGGAAGCUGUUCUAAAUUUUGAGGGGGAAAAUGACAUGUCCUAUGAGGACAAUGACUCACCUCUAGCCUCCCCAUUCAGCCAGAGUUCCCCGGGACAUACAGGUAGCCAUGACCUGGCGCAAAGGAGACUCGAACAGGAGGAGCCGAAACAUGCUGAGUGCUACGUCAUCCCCACAGACCUGGAUGCUUCCUGGAACACCAACACCAAUGCCACCACCAGAGGUGAUGCUCAGGCAUACGUGGAGCUCAACGAGCUGGUAGGAACCACGUGGCAGGAGACGGGUCGCUGGGUGGGCUACGAGGAGUCCUUUAACCCUUACACGUCCACGUGGGGGGCCUCACAUGUCUCCUACCUGACGUUCAAAAGUCUUAUUCAGCUUCGCAGGAUUAUGAGCACAGGGGUGGUGCUGCUGGAUGUGGAAGACUUUGACCUCUCAAGCAUCGCCGAGAAGAUAGUAAAUGAACUUGAGAACAAGAACGAAAUUCGUUCUUCAGACCGUGACGCCCUACUGAAUGCACUGCUGCAGAAGCGCAGUCAGAAUGAUGUGCCACAGGUCAGCGUGGCAGACAUCCAGCUGCAGACCUUCUCUGUCACCAGACAGAGGGACUCUGCUGAUCACGUCGAGGCAUCCAUCGUGCUGUCAGGUGCGGUGGACUCCUUGCAGAAGCCAGUGGUGGCGUUUAUGAGGCUGCAGGACUCUGUGGUGAUGGACGGCAUCCUGGAGGCUGCGGUACCUGUCCGCUUCAUCUUUAUGCUGGUGGGACCCAGCCACAGCGGCGUGGAAUUUCAUGAGUGCGGCCGAGCCAUGGGCACCCUGAUGGCUGACUGGGUCUUCAGCUUGGAGGCCUACUUGGCCCAGGACGAAAAAGAGCUGACCAAUGCGAUCGCCAACUUCAUGGACUGUAGCAUUGUGAUCCCGCCCACUCCAGUCCAGAGUGAGGCCAUGCUCAAGCCUCUCAUCAGCUUCCAGAAGAAGAUGCUGCAUGACAGGGUGCGCCCUGCUGACUCUCGGAUUGUUCUUGGAAAAAAGCCUGAAGGGUCUGAUAAGCCAUCAGAGGAUCCACUGGCCCGGACUGGCUACCCCUUUGGGGGGCUGGUAAAGGACAUAAAGCGCCGUUACAAGCAUUAUAUCAGUGACUUCACAGACGGCCUCAGUAUCCAGGUGCUGUCUGCCAUCAUCUUCAUCUACUUCGCUGCCCUCUCGCCUGCCAUCACCUUUGGAGGACUCCUAGCCGAAAAGACGGAAAACCUGAUCGGCGUGUCGGAGAUGAUGAUCUCUACCAGUGUGCAGGGCAUGAUUUUCUGCUUGCUCGCCGCACAGCCCGUGUUGGUCAUCGGAUUUUCUGGACCGUUGCUGGUGUUUGAAGUGGCCUUUUUCGAGUUCUGUAAGUACAGUGACGUUGAGUACAUUGUGGGCCGGACCUGGGUCGGCAUAUGGCUGAUAGUCAUUGUGCUGGUCUUUGUGGCUACGGAGGCUAGCUUCCUGGUCCGCUUCAUCUCUCGCUUCACCCAAGAGAUCUUCUCCAUCCUCAUCUCCUUCAUUUUCAUCUAUGAGACUUUUUCCAAGCUUUUGACGAUUUUCCUAACUCAUCCUCUGAAGGUGAACUACUCUCCUCUGAAUGAAAGUGGGAAUCCCUUCGAGUCACUGUUUGAGAUCUACACCAUAACGGAUACACAAGGCAAUGUGACCUCACACAAGCAAGCGAAAGCCUUCGCCAACACAGCACUGCUCUCCAUGUGCCUGAUGUUUGGCUGCUUCUUCAUCGCCUACUUCUUCCGCCAGUUCAAGAAUAGCAUCUUCCUCCCUGGCCCUAUUCGCCGCAUUAUUGGAGAUUUCGGCGUGCCCAUUGCCAUCUUUAUCAUGGUUGCUAUUGACUUCUUUAUUGACGACACCUACACACAGAAACUGGUGGUUCCGAAGGGUUUGACUGUGUCCAACCCAAAUGCCAGAACUUGGAUUAUCCACCCCAUGGGGAUUAACAAGACCUUCCCUAUUUGGCUAAUAUUCGCUUGCUUCCUCCCAGCUUUGCUGGUGUUCAUCCUCAUCUUCCUCGAGUCCCAGAUCACCACGCUGAUAGUGAGUAAGCCCGAGAGGAAGAUGGUGAAGGGCUCUGGCUUCCAUUGGGACCUGCUCCUCAUAGUGGCCAUGGGCGGAGUUGCCUCCAUCUUUGGCUGCCCCUGGUUCAGUGCUGCCACGGUGCGAUCCGUCACCCACGCCAACGCGCUCACCGUCAUGACUAAAGGGCCAAAACCUGAGAUCGAAAGGGUGCUGGAGCAGAGGGUCAGUGGGUUUCUCGUGGCACUUUUGGUCGGUCUGUCCAUUCUAAUGGAGCCUGUCUUGAAGCUGAUUCCAUUAGCAGCUCUCUUUGGUAUCUUCCUGUACAUGGGUAUCACAUCUCUGAGUGGUGUCCAGCUCUGGGACCGCACAAUGCUCUUGAUCGUUCCCAAAAAGCACCACCCAGCCGAGCCUUACGCCACUCUGGUUAAGACUUGGCGAAUGCACCUGUUCACAAUCAUUCAGCUGUUCUGUCUGGCUGUGCUGUGGGCGGUGAAGUCCACCCUCAUCUCGCUGGCCCUGCCCUUUGUCCUCAUCCUCACCAUCCCACUACGUCUGUUCAUGUCACGAUAUCUCUUCACCGACGUGGAGAUGAAAUGUUUGGACUCGGAUGAUGCUAAGGUGACAUUUGAAGAGGAGCUGGGUGUGGACGUGUACGACGAGUCGCCUUUCCCAUAACCUAUGGCUUGCCCUUCACCCAACCUGCAAAUCCAGGGACCACCCAAUAAUGCCUUUAUGAAACUAACUGCAGCACAAAUCAAACAGGAAACAUUCCACUUAUAGAUUUUAAAACUGUUGUACAGUCUAGCCUUAUCAAACCCUUGCUGGUUUAAGCAAACCCAGCAUUUUGAUCACUGCCUUCUAGUGAAUAUACAUUCCAAAUAAUUGAUAUACAUUCCAUGCCUUUUCCAAAACACUGUUUUGCUUUACUUUUUAUUUUAUAUGCACUUGUUUUUUACAUAUCGUUAAAUCCAUUAUACAAUCUUUUGUUAACUACUUUUGUUAUUUGCAACAGCUUACAUCUCUGCAGCCAGUGUGUGAAACUGAAUCUAGUAUUAAGCCCAGACAUGGCAGUCCCUUUCUAUACUGAAAGUUGCCAUAUCACUGUGUCUCUUAAUUUGUCUGAAUUGUUUGACUAUGUUUUAGGUAGAGUUUAUGUCUGUAAAUAUCUUUAGCUAGAUGCUACUGAAUAAUUUAGAUUUAACAAUUUAGAAAAAGCAUAGAUGUAUGAGUUUGAGUGGGUUUGUUUGAACAGUGAUUUAUGUACAUUACCUUUUAUUGUUAUACUUACUUGAUGACUGAUUUUGAAGCUCAUUAAACUAUUAAAGUUGU